UUGAGGUGCUUUAUGUCUACUAUUAUAUUGGUGACAGCCAAUAACAAAGAACUUCUUUGGCUGGUCGAGUGUGCAGUGUAGGAGAUAAUGUUCAGUUCUGUCACAAUGAUAGCCGCAUUUACAUUUAGCAUAAUCAAUCAGCUGUGUUGAAAUAGGUGGUAUGUUUACUGACUGAAAUUUAGACGCAGCCGUGUAAGAUGAACUGCGGACCGGUGUUGGGCAUAAGAGAAAUUGGAGUAUUUUGUCUGCUUGUUGAAUAAUGAGUCCAGCUUUUUUUUUUAAAUGUUGAUUGUGAGGGGGCUUUAGCUUUCGAAGGGAGUUCAUUCCAGUUCGUGGUUCAAUCUUUUUGCUGAGACAAACGAAUACAAAACUUCUUCCACAAGAGACGUGUCAUCAGCAGAAAGGUUGGCAUCAGUUUGCAAGUUGUCCACUAGAUCAUUAAUAAAAACUAGGAAAAGGAGUGGGCCCAGGAGCGACCACUGUAGGACACCUGCGUCAAUCGGUAGCCAGCCGGAACAUGCCUCAUUAAUGACAACUCUCUGCUUUCGAUUUUCGAGCUCUCGAAAUAUUCUUUUAGACUGUGGGGGAAACGUUGCAUCUACGGUGGAACUAUUCAAAGAGACCUACCCAGGAGGCCGUGAAUUUAUCAUUCAUUCCUUUGAAAUGGAUCCCCGCUUAGCUCCGUACUUUGCGGCCUACCCCGAUGCUGUUUUUCACAACCCUGUUGCUGUAUCAAACAAAGACAGCUUUACCAUGUCAUAUCUUGAAACCGUGUGGUUUCCCGAAAGAAGUUUAAGAAAGAACAAAGAUGGGAUGAUGGGAGGAGGAACAAUUUUCGCUUACGACGACGAAAAGAAGGACAACAAGACUGGGGGCGCCAGGAAUCUUUCUCGCCACAUUCGUGUUAAAACCAUUGACUUUUCAAAGUGGCUCCGUGAAAACAUCCACGAAGAGGAUUAUGUUAUCUUUAAACUGGACGUCGAAGGGGCAGAAUAUGAUAUCUUGCAAAAGAUGGUAGAUGACGGGACAUUCCAUCUUAUCGACAAAUUUUAUGGAGAAUGUCACUUCUGGCAUCCUACUGGCUGGAAUGAACAUCAGAGACAAGAACUUUUGAAGAAAAUUAAAACAAUUGGAUUCACAAAGACGUACUGGGCUGGUGAGGAGAGAACUUAUGCCGACUUCGAUGAUCUGCAUCAAUCUCAGGUAACAUACGACGCCCCUGGAAUAGGAGGACAGGUCCUUUCCACAUGCUCCCCGUCCUCAUCUGGCGAACUCUCCGUGUCUGUCGUCGUGCAAGUUGGAAUGAAUCUUAAGUCCGCUAGGAAGCUGGUGACUACCCUACAGGCGUACCCCAAAAGAUUUCCAAUCACCCUGUUCAUGUAUGGGGAUUUUGCAGAGUCACAUCCAGAAGUUUUACGCGAGUGGGCGAGCUACUUUAACAUUGGAAUGCGUGAGAACCAGCCCUAUCCAUACGGGAUUUUUGAAAUGCAGAAUUUCAACAUUACUCGAGAGAGUAUAGUUAGUUCUGAGAUGCGACUGAACGAAGUGGGGAUUCCGGUCUACUACUAUUUACCAGAUGCUAUACAAGGACGGAUCAAAACUAUAGCUCAGAAACGGAAACUCAGGAUAGUUGUACCAACUGUCAUAUUUCCUCCUAAAGAGAAUGGGAUCUUGACGUGGGAUAACUACCAUCAACACCAUGACGUGGCGAGGGUUCCUAAAGCACUUCGACUGAUCGACAGCCAGCUGAUGAACAGUGGAGGGAUCUUAUGUUUGGACUCCGACUUUCCGGACAGCGUGAUGAUCUCCGUGUUUCUGAUGGACUACCUUGUAGAAAUGUCUCAGUAUGAGUUAGUCAACCUCGACAAGUGUUUCUGAAGUUGAAAUAUUCUUAUUUAGAAACAAAAACGUUAUAUCAUUGUUUAUCAUAUGAUAGAUCAUUGUUUAUUAUAAGAUCCUUUUAUAUUCAAAUAAUAAAAUUGACUUUCCAGCCGAACGCCAUAUCUAACAAAUAUAACCCCAUUAGCAUAAAUUAUGAAUAUUCAAUUAUGAUCGUAACUUAAGAUUACAUUGUAUGUUGAUGAUAAAGCAACACGAAAAAAAGGAAUUUUUUGGCAGAAUUGUUGCCAACAAUAUUUUAGGAAAAGCCUAUAAGUGUCGUAGUCCUAGCACACGUCGUUCAGCAGUUAUAUGCGACGUCAAAUUUUGCGCGGUAUGUAGUACCGCUCUCUGGUCAGGGCAUAGAUGAACGAUUAUUUCAUUUGUUGGUAUGGUUUCUGCAAACACAAACAAUUUAUUUAAAAACCUAAGGAGUUUAAGAAGAAUAUAAGAACUUCGGUGGUAGAUUUAUUAUCAUUUUAUAAUAAAACAGUACACAAUAAGCAUAUAACAAGGGUUUGCAAGAUACCUGCGCAAAUAACUUAGUUAUGUUAAAAAGCUUUCCGUUGUAAGGUAGAUAUACGAAUGUUAUUUUACAUGGUCUGUAUGGGCCUUAUAUACAUGGAAGCAUUGUACAAUAAACAAACGUCAAUUCUUCCUGCAAGAGAAGUUAAUAAUCCAUGUCGGAGCCGUAAUUCGUAACGUAUUUAUUAUUAAUGAUAACAAUGAAAAUAUAUUAUAAUGCUAGUUGGGCCAAUGAGUUUAUCCCACAAGCACUCGACCUUGUUUGCGACUAAAAUGACCGAGUGGGGUCCAUUUUGUUCAUAAAAUCUCAGUUCCAAUUGUUAUCGGUGAUCAUUAAACAUACAUUGCUUCGUCAAUGUCAGAGGAAGAUUAUGACAUGUUAAAGUGUUGCUAAUUCCAGCUUAUCCUCAUAAUUUAUGCAAAAGGUCAGAAGGACAUUAUUACAAAAUAUUGUUGGAAAACAAUUUUAGUCAAUAAAGUAAUGAUUUUUUUGGGUUGUCAUGGCAACGGAAUUAAAAAGGAAUAUGUUUGCCAAAAUUUGUCAAUUUCGAUUUAGACAAUAUUUUUUUGGUAAACUACACUUGUUUUCUAACAACAAAUAAAUUCAAUGUUAUUUUCA